CAUUUCACUUGCUCCACUCAUCGUCCCCAAAGCACCUUCAAAAUGCAUUCGUUGCUUCAGAACUAAUGGCUGAUAAUUUUAUCGAUGUUAAGAUGCAGUGUCUUCAACAACAACUACAAUAUCAAAAUUUUCUCUCCUGCAAUGCUCAGGUACUCUCUAUUUUCCACUCUUCACCAUCUCUCUCGUCUUCACGCGCGCCGUUUCCUCCACUGGAAGCCCCGCCACGAAUACAAGCUAAGCCAACCCGAAUUGAUCGAACGGAUUACUCGUAUCCUUGUCCUGGGUCGUUACGAGGCCCUUAGCAACCUUUCUUUUGACUACUCAGAUGAUCUCCUCGAUUCAGUGCUGCAGAAACUAAGACUAAAUCCUAAGGCUUGCUUGGGGUUUUUUGAAUUAGCUUCAAAGCAACAAAAUUUCAGGCCAAGUAUUAAGUCUUAUUGCAAGAUUGUUCACAUCUUGUCACGUGCUCGAAUGUACGAUGAAACCCGAGAGUGUUUACACGAAUUGGUUGGCUUAUGUCGGAAUAAUUAUUCAGGGUUCUUAAUUUGGGAUGAGCUCGUUAAGGUUUAUAAGGAAUUUACAUUUUCGCCUCUUGUUUUCGAUAUGAUAUUGAAAAUUUAUGCUGAGAGAGGCAUGCUAAAGAAUGCAUUGCACGUGUUCGAUAAUAUGGGAAAGUAUGGCCGUGUCCCAAGUUUGAGGUCUUGUAAUUCUUUGUUAAGUAAUUUGGUUAAAAGGGAUGAAACGUAUGUUGCGUUGCGUGUUUAUGAGCAAAUGAUUAGAGUUGGGAUUGUGCCCGAUGUUUUUACGUGUUCAAUAAUGGUUAAUGCGUAUUGUAAGGAGAAGAGGGUGGAAAAGGCUGUGGAGUUCGUGAAGGAAAUGGAGAAUCUGGGGUUUGAAUUGAAUGUGGUGUCUUACAAUAGUUUGAUGGAUGGAUAUGUUGGUUUAGGAGAUAUUAAGGGUGCAAAAGAGGUGUUAGAGUUGAUGUGUGAAAAGGGGAUUUCGAGAAAUGUGGUUUCAUAUACAUUGUUGAUUAAGGGUUAUUGCAAACAAGGUAAGAUGGAGGAAGCCGAGAAGGUACUUCAAAGGAUGAAUGAUGAGCAGGAUAUUGUUGUCGAUGAAUGUGCUUAUGGGGUUCUGAUAGAUGGGUAUUGUAGAGUAGGUAAAGUUGACGAUGCUAAUAGGGUUCGGAAUGAGAUGCUGAAGGCAGGGUUGAAGAUGAAUCUGCUUAUUUGUAACUCUUUAAUUAAUGGCCACUGUAAACUUGGUCAAAUUAGUCAAGCAAAACGAGUGUUAAGAUGUAUGGGAGAUUGGAACUUAAGGCCAGAUUCGUUCAGUUAUCAUACAUUACUGGAUGGGUAUUGCAGAUUAAAUAAUAUGAGUGAGGCCUUCAAGCUUUGUGAUGAGAUGCUUCGUGAAGGAAUCCCUCCUACUGUUGUUACUUAUAAUACUCUUCUCAAAGGUUUGUGUCGUGUGGAUGCAUUUGAUGAUGCUUUGCACCUGUGGUGUAUGAUGUUGAAAAGAGGUGUGUCUCCUAAUGUGGUUGGCUAUUGUACUCUGCUUGACAUUUUGUUCAAGAUGGGAGAUCUCGAUGGCGCAAUAAGACUUUGGAACAAUAUAUUAGCCAGGGGUUUCUCCAAAAACACAAUUGCUUUCAAUACAAUGAUUAAUGGAUUAUGUAAGAUGGGAAAAAUGAUUGAAGCACAGCAGAUUUUUGACAGGUUGAAGGAGUUGGGAUGUUUGCCUGACAAAGUAACAUAUAGAAUCCUUAGUGAUGGCUAUUGUAAAGUUGGAAAUAUUGAAGAAGCUUUUAAGAUUAAAAAUGUAAUGGAAGGGGAAGCGGUUUUUCCUUCCAUUGAAAUGUAUAAUUCUCUUAUUAGUGGAGCCUUUAGGUCUAGGAAAUUAAGUAUAGUGGUGGAUCUUCUUGCUGAAAUGCAGAAUUCAGGUUUAUCACCUAAUGCUGUAACUUAUGGGGCCCUUGUUAUUGGUUGGUGUGAUGUAGGGAUGCUGGAUAAAGCUUUUACUGCAUAUUUCGAGAUGACAGAGAAGGGAUUUGCCUCAAAUGUGAUUAUGUGCAGCAAAAUUGUUAGCACCCUGUUUGGACUUGGUAGGAUUGAUGAAGCAAAUAUGCUUUUGCUGAAAAUUGUGGAUUUUGAUCUUUUUCCAAAUCUCAAACUCCUCAAGACCGAUGUUAUUAGUCUGGAUGCUCAGAAAAUUGCCGACUCCCUUGAUGAAAGUGCCAAAAGUUUUGAUAUGCCCAACAAUGUGGUGUACAAUAUAGCUAUUGCCGGACUCUGCAAGUCUGGGAAGGUUGAUGAUGCAAGAAGUGUUUUCUCAGCUUUGUUGCUUUCGGGCUUUACUCCAGACAAUUUUACCUACUGUACCCUGAUUCAUGCCUAUGCAGCUGCUGGUGAUGUCACUGAAGCUUUCAAGUUACGGGAUGAAAUGCUGAAAAGGGCUCUCGUUCCAAACAUUGCCACAUACAAUGCUCUAAUAAACGGUUUGUGUAAAUCAGGAAAACUGGACCGAGCACUGAGGCUUUUCCACAAACUUCACCUGAAAGGGUUGGCCCCUAAUGUCAUAACCUAUAAUAUUCUGAUUGAUGGUUACUGUAAAACUGGUAAUACCCAAAAGGCCUUUAAUUUGAAAUGCAAAAUGAUUAAAGAAGGGAUUGCUCCUUCCGUUAUUACCUACUCUACCUUGAUAAAAGCACUUUGUGAGCAAGGAGAUAGAGAAGAAUCAAUGAAGCUUUUAGGUCAGAUGAUUAAGUUAGGUGUGGAUCAAAAUCUUGUCAUGUUAUCUAAGUUGGUCCUCAGUUCUGUUAAAUGCGGAGAUGUGAAGAAGAUCUCUAAGCUUCAUAACAUGAUG